AGACAAAGAAAAUUAUGGUCAUGGAGAAAAAUUUGAUGUCCCCACUAACUAUUUGCUUUCACGGUUCCCUCCAACCAAUUUCCUUCUUGAACAAAGACUUAUUGUAAAUCAAGCAAUGGUCUAAUUUUUCUCUCCUUACCUUCUUCAUACAUUACGUGUUCCUGGGUAUUAGAACCAGAAAAUUAAAUCCAUUAGCAAUGGCAAAAUCAAGAUUUGUCAUACUUUUAUUCUUUUCGAUCUUAACUACAACCUCUUCUACUACUAACACCUCAUCAAACAAAAAUGGAAGUCAGUGUUCUUAUGCCUUCUGCGGUGCAUAUGCUAGUUGUAAUGCAAAUAACACUCCAACAUGUUCAUGCUUGGAUGGGUUCAUACCCAAGUCUCCUAAAGAUUGGGAGAAGUUAGUUUUUUCAGGUGGGUGUGUUAGAAGAAUCCCAAUAAAUUGCAGUGAUAAAGUUGUAUUCCUGAACCAUUCUGGGGUUAUAGUGCCCGAGGAAUCUUCUUGUUGGUAUAACAAAAGUGUAAGUGUUAAAGAAUGUGAGAAUUUGUGUUCGAGAAACUGCUCUUGUACAGCUUAUGCACAUCUAGAUCCGAGAAAAGGUGAAAAUGGCUGUUUGCUUUGGUUCAAUGAGUUGAUUCAUGUAAUUAGACCUGGUGAAGAGGACCUCUUUGUGAGGGUGGCUGCUUCAGAAUUGGCUCAAAUUCAGAAAAAAAGGUCGACUAUCAAUAAGAAGGAAACAGGAAUUAUUGCUGGCACUCUCCUUGCAGUCAUUGUAACGCCAAUGAUCUUUUACGUAUGCCGGAGAAAUGUUAGAAAAUAUGCAUCCUAUGUUAAAAGAAUGACAAGAGAAAGUCACAUAAUGGAUUUUAUUAAGAACAAAGGGGGAAAGGAAGAUAUGGAGCUGCUAAUAUUUGAUUUUAGCACCAUAGUUAAAGCUACCGACAACUUUUCCAGCAAUAAUAUGUUAGGGAAAGGUGGUUUUGGACCUGUCUACAAGGGUACUUUUGCUGAUGGGCAAGAAAUAGCAGUGAAAAGGCUUUCAGAAGGUUCUGGACAGGGGAUGACAGAAUUCAAGAAUGAAGUUACCUUGAUCUCUAAACUUCAGCACAGAAAUCUUGUUAAGCUUAUUGGGUGUUGCAUUCAGAAAGAUGAACAAAUGUUGAUUUAUGAAUUCAUGCCAAACAAGAGCUUGGACUAUUUUAUUUUCGAUCAAAAGAGAAGCAACAUUCUAGAUUGGGAAAAGCGUUUUCACAUUAUUGGUGGAAUUGCUAGAGGGCUUCUUUAUCUUCAUCAGGACUCUAGACUCAGAAUUAUCCACAGAGAUCUCAAAGCCAGUAAUGUGUUAUUGGAUAAAGACAUGAACCCUAAAAUAUCAGACUUUGGAAUGGCAAGAACAUUUAGAGGAGACCAAACGGAGGCCAAUACAAAUAGAGUGGCAGGAACCUACGGGUAUAUGCCUCCUGAGUAUGCAGUGGAUGGGCUUUUCUCAAUGAAAUCUGACGUCUUUAGCUAUGGUGUAUUAGUUUUGGAGAUAGUAAGCGGAAAGAAAAACAGAGGAUUUUCUCACCCAGAUCACAACCUUAAUCUUCUUGGACAUGCAUGGAAACUAUGGAUAGAAGAAAGAUCAUCAGAACUAGUUGACAAUACGCUAGACUCUUAUUCCAUACGUGAAGCUUUAAGAUGCAUUCAUGUAGGCCUGUUGUGCGUGCAACAGCGGCCGGAGGAGAGGCCUAGCAUGUCAACUGUUGUUGUAAUGUUGAGCAGUGACAGUGCAUUGCCUCAACCGAAGCAGCCUGGCUUUUUCACAGAAAGGAAUAUGCCCGAAUCAGAAUCUUCAGUUAGUAAACAUGGAUCAUCAUCAAGAAAUCAAAUAAGCACUACAUUAAUAGAGCCACGGUAGAAAAUUUCCAUUUGACAGUUGAAUGGAAAAGCGAUCCUCUUAUCUUAAAAUUAGUAACUUUAGCUGAUUCGCUCUCUAAUACAUCGUUAAAAUCUCAAUCUUUUUGUAACAAAACAUCUAUGGUUUGAACAAAAGAUUGAACAAAAAAGAAGAAAUCAAAAUUCCUCAAAUUAAGCUCCAAUGGAAGAUUAGAGCAGCACAACCAAUUACCAGCAAGAAUGGCGGGUUUUGGAGCUGGAGAGAAGAUGUCGAACUGGUGAGCUUGAUAAGUUUUUGCCAUUAUCAGUUCUCAUAAAAAUCAAAGUAAGAGGUGUAGGUGAUUGCAGUUCAGUAAACAAGAUUCCUUAAUUAGAAGUGUGAAAUGGACAUCUUUUUCUUUUUUGAUGUCCCGAAUGUAGCUUUCAAUUAAUGUUCCCAAUAUUUUCAUUUUCGUUGUUCACAAGACAAAUUAUCAAUCAAGAUACAAGGAAAUUUUAGCAAUUAUUAUA